GAUCGACAAUCUCUUGUUUGCAGUUGUUCAGAUUUCCCCUCGACAAGCAAGAUCAGUGUUGGUGACCUUUCAACAGUACCGCUGGUGUUUUUUAAUGGAGUAUCUUGGUUGAGACGAGUACAAAUUUUUUAUUGGUUGGUUGCGAUUUCAUGCGAAGUGAAGGUUGUGAGUCUCGGUUGAGGACUAGCUGAGUUGGUUGCACAAGUAUUCUGCGUGCAAGGAUUCAGAGAAUUUUGCUGCUCACAGCCGCAACAUUCCGACCAUGGCCCGCAUCGUGGAAGGCAUCAAGGAACUAUUGAAGGGGAAAGAGGAACCAGAGUACGGUUACAGCAGUGCCUAUGUCCACCGCGAAGCUCCUGAAUCUGGCAGAUACUACAAGUACCCUGAGAGUUCCUCUUCGGAUGUGCGCAAUCGAUUCCGUAGGCCAUACGGGGAGGCUUUGGAUGGCUAUAACCGAACAGACUACAGCACAACAGAGUUGCGAGGCGUAUACGGCAGAGCAUAUGGAGGCAGUGAGCCAUUAUCUCGCGGUGAAGAGUACCGGAAGCCGUACCGUGAGGGCAGCGGUGAAUACCGAAAGUCCUCCGGUGGGCACAGGCGGGGGUUUGACGACUCGGUCAUAAUGUUCAGGGUACCCAUGUGCUGUGACAAGUGCAAGGAGAAGGUCGAGAUGGAGUUGGGUAAAAUCAAAGGGGUGGAGUCCGUUUACUGCGACCAGUACGCCUCUCGGGUUACGGUUAGGGGCGGGGGUAUCGACAUCGAUAAGUGCUUGAAGAGAGCUGAACAUGCUGUGAAGAAAAAAUGCAAGCUGAUCAGAAACGAAAAUGGUCAUAUUGGCGACAUAGACAACGACGAUGGAAAUUUCAAUUCAAGCCGUGGCAUGACUGUGGAUAGUACAAGAUCAGGGACAUACCAGAACAUGGGUAGGGGCAGAUCAAUCGACUACCGCCGGGACUUUGAACGAAGUGGCGGACAUGCACAGGCAAGCUCUGGCAGCCUGCAGAUCACCAGCCGACCCACCUUGGGAAGACUCCCCUCGUUCGCAGGCGGCAAGGUGAGUUACCAUGAUGGAGUCGGCCCAAGAGGCCAGGAUUACGAUGCAAAUGACUACAAUGGCUUUCGUCGAUUACCCUCCUUCAACAAACACCGACACAGCGAGGCUGAGUACAUAGCCGUCGUUCCGGACCAACGACCUCAAUUGUGGAGCAAUCACCGAGAUUACUACACAUUUCGCCGCAUCCCGUCCUUCAACCGGCACCGGCAUCACGACGCCGAGUACAUCAUCGCUCCAGAUCGCGAGUACACCCCUCUCACAUUCGUCGAGAACUCUGGUAGCUCCUAUACCACAGUUCUCAAUGACCAGCCAAUGUAUCGAUCUCAGGUGUCAUUCUCUAGGCUUCCCAUAAGCAACCCAAAUUACGUGAAGCACAUCGACGGCGUCGCGAUGUACUCCGACAGCGGACGGUAAUUGUUGUCGUGAUGAGGCAGUCCUCAAUGUUCUGUACACCAUGUUAACGUCCUCGGAGUUUCCACCGCCCCUUGAACGAAGUUGCCUGUCGUUAGCGGUCAGUAUUCAGUAGCCUUUGUCCACCAAUCUCAUCUUUGUUUAUCGUAUUUAAGUCGCUCAAUAACUUCCUCAAUCAACCUGCGAUGGACAGUAAUGUAGUACAAUUCUUUGUCAAACAGAAAUAAAGAUGUUUCGGUGUUGUGUGUUUAUGCAA